AUGAAGCUUUGUGAACCCAUGAUGGAUAUGAGUAGGCCUGAUUACACCGAAACGCUGGAUUCAUCUUAUACCAUGCUUGAGUUUGAUAGCCUGAAGGUACUGCCACCAAAUAACGAGACUAUUCCAUCAGAAGUGAGUAAUAUUACUGUGUUGAUGAACAAUGGUAUCAAUGCCAUGUGCUCAAUCUGUGGUGACCGUGCAACAGGGAAACACUACGGUGCAUCUAGCUGUGAUGGAUGCAAAGGCUUCUUCAGGAGAAGUGUCCGAAAAAAUCAUGUCUACACAUGCAGGUUUAGCAGGCAGUGUGUGGUUGACAAGGACAAGAGGAACCAAUGCAGAUACUGCAGGCUCAAGAAGUGCUUCAGAGCUGGAAUGAGAAAGGAAGCUGUGCAGAAUGAAAGGGACAGAAUCAGCAUUCGCAGAACCAGCUAUGAAGAUAUUGGCUCUCUUUCCAUUGCUACACUGAUCCAAGCAGAAGCAAUGGCUAGGCAGAUGUCUGGUUUCAGUCCUGUCCAUCAUGCUGAUAUUGCAAUGAAGAAGAUUGCAACGAUCAACGAUGUCAGUGAAUCCAUGAAACAGCAGCUGCUUGUUUUAGUCGAAUGGGCAAAAUCUAUCCCAGCAUUCUGCGAAUUGCUAUUGGAUGAUCAGGUUGCAUUACUUAGAGCCCAUGCAGGGGAACAUUUGCUGCUGGGUCUGGCCAAACGUUCAAUACCUUACAAGGACAUCCUCUUGUUAGGAAAUGAUUACAUCAUUCCCAGGCACUGCCCAGAGUUAGAGAUUAUGCGUGUUGCAAACAGGAUUCUGGAUGAACUGGUGAAACCAUUACAUGACCUCCAGAUAGAUGAGAAUGAAUUUGCUUGCCUCAAAGCUGUGGUAUUUUUUGAUCCAGAUUGCAGGGGUGUUAGUGAUUCAGCAAAAAUCAAAAACAUGCGAUUCCAAGUGCAGGUCAACCUGGAGGAUUAUAUCAAUGAUCGUCAGUAUGAUUCCCGUGGACGAUUCGGUGAUAUUCUCCUACUUCUUCCAUCACUGCAGAGCAUCACAUGGCAGAUGAUUGAACAAAUUCAGUUUGCCAGACUCUUCGGAGUGGCAAGAAUUGAUAAUCUUUUGCAGGAAAUGCUGCUGGGAGGAUCCACAACUGAAGUAACUCAGUAUCCACACUCUGGACAUUCUGGUCUACUUCACAAUCCUCUAAGUGGCCAUGCAGUGAUUACAACGGGUGUGCCUUCAGCAAUCCAUCAUGUUCAGAUCUCAUCACCAGAGACACCACUUCCAUCACCAUCUUCUGGCUCAGGAAAUGAAGAAUAUAAACUGCACCCUGUUGCUCAGAUUCAGACACCAUCUGCACGCAUGCUGCCUCAAACCAUCACUCCCAAGCGGGAAAUAUUGUAA